UGUCCCUUCUGGGUGCUCAGACGUGUGGGGACCAUGAAUCACAGAGGGGCCAAGGGGAAACAGCUGAGCCUCUGGUCCCCCUGGCUGGCUGGCUUAACUGUCAGCCUCUCUCUUCCUGUCAAUUUAUGUUUCUCUGGGGGCUUCUGGAACCCCUUGGCAGGCUGCUUCCUGCUUUGCCCCUGCCUGCCUGUCAGAAACACUUGGUUCCAUUCACCAAGGAGGCAGUAGAUACCACAGGACUGCCAAUCAGGCCACAAGCACCCUAUGGGGGCUGCAAAGACCCAGACAAGCCUGGCAGAAACCUGCCUGGAAAGCCCACAGGAAGGCAGGAGAUUCAUAUGCAAGUAAAGGUCGGUCUCCAUCAUAAGACUGCCAGCAGAUCAACCUGGAUUUUCAUAUCUAGCAAGAGGAGGGCGGAAGAACAGUACAGCAGCGGCUGUGUAUUGCACAGUUCCUCUGCCAGGAACUUUGUGAGCAAGGCCACAUGCUUAUCCCAGCAGGACAGUGCUUGCUCAACCCUGUUUGUUGCUUUGUGUGUGGCCUCCAACAAGUUACUUAAUAUUUUUGAGCCUUGAUUUCAUAAUUUUUGAAAUUGCGAUGAGAAUGCAAAGGAUGUGGUGUUUGAGGCUCCUAAAGCUCAGGGCUAUCUGGACCACAGUGGGCACAGAACCAGGUACUAGAAGGCCCUAGAAGAUCUAUUCUGGCCAAAUGUGACCCCCAAAGAGCAUUCUUCAGUUUGGUUACAGCAUUCUUUCUGGAGGUUGCUUUGAAUGACAUGGGACUGUCCCUAGAAUUCUGAUGCACACACAACCCCAAUACUAGUCUCCAGCAAGGCAAGACAAAAAUAAAAAGCCAGGCCCCUGACAGGAAGCAAAGCUUUAAAAGAGCAUGUGACCUCCCUGGGGAGCCCACUGGGGAUCUACCCCCACACUCACAUGGUUAGGGCCCAUUAGGGGUAUGGAUCCCAUGAGGACUGGCUGCCUGAUAGGAGGGCUGCUGUGCUCUCCAGACUAGUGACCAGGCAAGGCCGCCAAGAGGAGGAGGCAGCCUACUGCCCCAAGCAGCACAGUGGUGAGGGGUUCCCUGGAGGGGUUGGUCUGUGGAGAAAUGAGACUCAGGGGAAGUGAAGGCCAGAACACACAAGCACCUGAGUGCUGGGGAAGAGGAAAAGCAGAGUUGGUGUGGGUUGGUGGAGAGUCAGAUGGAGCAAGGGCUAUGAAGAUGGGGAGUCAAUGAAAAUUAGAAAUAUUCCAGACAGAAGUAGAGAGGACAGGGUGAGACAGUCUCAGGCAAAUCUAAUGGUACAAACCAGGACUUGGUGGAGGGCCAGGAGUUCACCAGUCUGGUGAGAAGAAGGUCCCAGGCUAGGAGCAGACUGUGUAGCACCGGCCCGAUGGGGGAAGCAUUGGAGCUCAUGACUCAGGGCAGCCAGGCUGUGGUCAGUUGCUCAUACCCAGCUGACCCAAAUGCCAACAUAGGGGUCACUUGCUCUCAGGUGGCCUGAGGCUCUCGAAGGCAGACAUAGACACCUUGAGCUGGCCAGAACCCCUAAGAAGAAGAAUGUACUGCCCCUCAAUCCCUUAACUGAGGACGACUCCCCUCCCCCUCGCCCGCAGCUGCCUCUCCGGACCGAGGGAGGGGGAAGUGGCCAGAAGGGGAAGUGUGAGGAGUUCCCCUCCAGCCUUUCACCAGUCUCCUCAGGUCUUCGGAACAGAAGGCCUCGGGCCCAAUCGUGGCCAUGGAGCCCGUGGAGACUCCCAUCAAGGAUGGCGUUCUCUACCAGCAGCACGUCAAGUUUGGCAAGAAGUCCUGGCGGAAAGUGUGGGCUCUGCUGUAUGCAGGAGGCCCAUCAGGCGUGGCUCGCCUAGAGAGCUGGGACAUUCGGGAUGGUGGCUUGGGGCCAGCAGGGGACAGAUCUGCAGGGCCUGGCCGGAGGGGGGAACGGAGGAUCAUCCGCUUGGCUGACUGUGUGUCUGUGCUGCCUGCUGAUGGUGAGAGUUGUCCCCGGGACACUGGUGCUUUCCUGCUCACUACCACUGAACGAAGCCACCUGCUGGCUGCACAGCACCGCCAGUCCUGGAUGAACCCCAUCUGCCAGCUGGCCUUCCCGGGCACAGGGGAGUGCUCCUCAGGACCAGGAGAAGCUGAGUCGCCCAAGAGGGGCCUCGUCCCCAUGGAGGAAAAUUCCAUCUACUCUUCCUGGCAGGGAGCGAGUGAGUUUCCAGUGGUGGUGCAGAGGACUGAGGCUGCUGUCCGCUGCCAGCUAAAGGGACCCUACCUCCUGGUGCUGGGCCAAGACACCAUCCAGUUGAGGGGAACUGCCAGCCCCCAGGUCCUCUACAGCUGGCCCUACCACUUCCUGCGCAAGUUUGGCUCUGACAAGGGCGUGUUCUCCUUUGAGGCUGGCCGCCGCUGUGACUCAGGCGAGGGCCUCUUUGCCUUUAGCAGCCCACGUGCCCCUGACAUGUGUGGGUCUGUGGCUGCUGCCAUCGCCCGCCAACGGGAACUGCUGCCAGAACGGGCUGUUGCCAGGCCUUGCCCCCUGCCUCGCGCCACUUCCCUUCCCUCCUUGGACCCCCCUGGGGAGCUUCAGGAGGUGUCACCAGGGGCUGAUCUGCCCACCUGCAGAAGGGCACCUGUGGUCGAUCCCGGGCCCCAAAGCCUACCGUUACUACUGGGCCCUGCGCCUGAGGAGCCGGUGUCCGAUCUCUACGCGUCGGUGUGCAAGCGUGCCAGUGGACCCCCAGCCACCAUCGAGCACCUCUAUGAGAACGUGUGCCUGCUGGAGGCCAGUCCUGGACUGCCCAAUGGGGGCCCUGAGCUCCAAGAGAGCCUUUCUGGUGGCCACAGCCCUGUAGCCAGCCCCAUCUAUCACAAUAGCGAGGACCUGAGCUGGUCCGGCCCCACCCAUGAUAGCAACCUUGAGGCUCAGUACCGGCGACUGCUAGAGCUGGAGCUUGAUGAGGCCGGUGGCACCAGCCGCUCUGGCAGUCAGGCAGGCUUCAAGGCCAAGCUGGUGACACUGCUGGGUCGAGAGCGGAGGAAGGGUCCUACUCACUGUGACUGACCCUGAAGACCUGGGCAGUGACGGCAGGAUAGAGGUGCUUCUGGGACAGGAGGGUGGGCAAACUCCUGUCUACUCUGGCUUGCAGGAGCAAAGUAGGCAGCCUGGGAAGGAUCCACACCCUGCCCUGUGUGUCCCCCAGUGUACAGUGUACAGAUUAACCAAUAAAGUGCCAGCUACCCCUCA